CUGACUCGAAAUGCAAAGUUGAGACUGCACUGAUAGCCAAUAUGAUUACGUAGUAUUUGAUUGUGGCCUUGACUAAGUAUCAAAAUGAAUUCCGGUGAUAGAGUGACAACGCAUACGGCAAUUCCUUUGUUUAAAAAUGGAAAAGUGCCUUAUACACGUCGAGUGUACUACGCAGAGAAACAAAAAUCAUUGAAAGGGAUUGAUAAUGAUUCUUUGAAUGAGUCCGAUAUCAAAUUGCAAACUCUGAUCACACCCAAAACUCCCAAGGACAUUGGUGAAAAUGGAGAUCUUGGUGAAUCUCAACCUGAUUGCUCCAUACAAUUUAAAGGGGACAAAAAGAAAGGAAGAAUUUUGAAAUUUAUAAAAUAUCCCUUUCAAUACUAUGACAUUAUUUUUGCUGUGUUUUCAAUUAUAUUAUUUUUCUAUGAUGUUGUAUCAGAUAUUUUACUGGCAGCACACUACUAUACCCUUGAUCGAUGGGUUGCAUUUGGUUUUACAACUGGAUUUAUUGUAAUACCAGCUUUUAUUUCUAAUGGACAAAGUGCUCGGUGGUAUCUUGUUGAUUAUGAACAGGAGCAAAAGAAACUUGCAAAGAAACCCAAAACUAAAGUAACUCCUAUAUGGAUCUGGUUUCUCAGAAUUUUCUUCACUUUUCCGUUAAUGGUUGGACCAGUUGUAAGACACUCUGAGUUCAUUUACCAUGGCAUUAUGAGCAAGAAAGGCAGUGAGACGGAGGAAAAGGACAGAAAAAAGAAAUGGCACCAUUAUAAACAAAUGCUUUAUGAGGAUACUGAUGCUGGCUUGGUUCGCAUGUUUGAAUGUUUUUUGGAGGCAGCACCGCAGCUUGUUCUUCAGCUUUUCAUCUUGUUCAGUGAAAUAAAAAAUAAUGGGUUUGAUGGGAAUAAUGAUCUUGAAGAGCAUGGGCACAUGAAAAUCAUCCGUGUGGUGGCCCUGGUUGGAUCUUGGACAGGCCUGUCCUUUAGCCUGACCUCCUAUCACAAGGCCCUGAGAGCCAUGCAGCAUUCAGAACUCUAUGAAAAAUAUGUCAGCAAGCAGGACCAAUCCCAAGAUCAUGUACCCAAAAAACAGAGCCUGUUGUCCACUCUGAUGCUGACCCUGGGUUACUUCUCCUGGAGACUGUGUGAGAUUGGGCCCAGGGUGCUGAUUCUAGCCCUGUUUGCCUCCGAGUUUACCUAUUUUGUUCUUGUUGCUGCAGCUAUACAUUGGAUCAUCAUGACGGUAUGGUUGCUCUGUCAGAAAACUAAUUUCUACGGAGAGAAGAAGAGAGAUGAGGUCAUUUUUAACAUUAUACUGGGCUAUGCUAUGAUUUUCUGCUUUCUGAAUGCCAGAGAUGGACACACGAGGUAUAGAGCCAUUCUGUACUACUUUAUUUUCUAUAUUGAAAAUUUUAUCAUGCUGGCAUUAUGGCUGUACAGUGUAGAACAGAAAGAGACCUGGCUUUAUUAUACUGCCAUCGGAGCCGUGGCUGGGGGUUGCCUGCUACACAUAAGUCUACAGCUGAUCUACUACAAGACUUGUCACCCCAAGGCAUCUGAAAUCAAAUUCUUUCUUCACCCCACGGAGCAGUAUAACUGUUACCAGUCUGUCUGUCAUACAGUGGAAGAGGAGGACCAACAAAGUGAUGCUAAUGCCAUUUAAUUCAUUAUUGAUCUGGUAUGAGCCCAGAACCAAGAAAGUCAGUCAGCCAGUCUGUUCUGCAUCUCACAGCAUUAAUACAGGCAAAAUACGCCAAACAGUGAAGUGUCAAAGAGCUCUGUUUCAAACAACACUGAAACGCAGCUAACAUCAAAAGUAAAUGCAGUUUUGUUGUAGUUUUGUAUGUUACAUAGUGAAGUUAUUAAUUAGGUGACUCAACAUUAAUUCAAACAGCACCUAAUUAUAAACAACAUGAGUAAUUAACCAUAUUGUCAAAAGUUUUUUUUAUACAGAAUUGUAGCUAUAUUUUUCUUAUUCUAAGAUGUAUAUUUUUUAGUUUUUUAGUGUAGUACAACUGUACACAGAUGAACAUGGUGCAUGGAGCAUAUUUGAAUAAGACAACUUUGAUUAAUAUAGGAUUUUUUAACAACCACUAACAAACAUAAGAGAUAUAAAUAUAAACAAAAUUGCUUUGAAAACAAGGCAUUUUGUAUAUUAUACAAAACAGUGCCAUCUUUAUUCAUAAAAUUUAUUUUUUCCUUACAAGAAUGAUUAAUUUGAAUUAUAUUGUAGAUUGAUUUUUUUUCGUAUUAUUUGUACAUUUAUAUUGUCUACAUUAGAGUAAUGUCUUUUGUAUGCAAAUGUCAUAACAACCAAAUGCAAAAAAAUAUAAAUCAUUAAAUGUACAUGUGUAAAUGUUACAUACUGUAUACAGGGAAAUUUUGCCCCGUUUUAUUUUUGCCCCUUUCACCCUCUUCAUGUUUGGGCAAAUUCAAAGAACACAGCAUAGGUUCUUUAACAGAAUUAUGACUUGGUGAAUUUAAAAUGGGGCAAAAUGUUCGCAAGUGCAAAAGGGCAAAAAUGACAUGGGGGGGCGAAAAUAACCAUGUAUACAGUAUUGUCUGUUUAAUGUUGUUCUUGUGCAAUGCUUAUUUGGGUCUGUUAUCAGUGUUUAUUCUUGUAUUUUUCCAAGUACCAUGGACCAAUACAUUACUUGAAUUAUUUUCCAUACAACAAUCAAAUCUCCCUUGUGAUGUGAUAUUUGGGAUGUGAUACAUAAUUUUUGUAUGCCUUUACCUCACCGGUAUCCCAUUUAUAUUUCUUACCAAUAUUUUUGCAUGAAAUGUACUGUGUUCACCAUUUGAGAAUAUCUUGGUAAUGUUUAAUAUUGACCAAUAAAGCUGUAAUAUUCCCCCAAUCUGCUAAUUUGAUCAUGUUUAUGCUUAUCAGCUUCUACUUCAUACUUUAACGUUGUUGUGCCUUUAUUUGUCUGUUCUUGUUGCUUGGUUGUGUUGAAUUUUUAAGCACACAUUAUGAAACCAUAAGUUACACAUUUUGAAGGUAUAUAUUGUACUCUUUUAAUCAAUGUAUUUUGUAUGCUGUAUACUGUAAAAUCACAAAUUUUCAUGGGGUCAAAUUUUCUAGGUUUGAGAAAAAAAUAUAUUGGUUUGUGGGGAUUCAAUUUCGUGGUUGGAGAAGUGUUGAGUAGUAAUGCAUAUGAAACUUAAAAUUUUGAGGUGGUUAUGAAUUUAGAGGGUCUCUCCUUUCCUUGAAAACAACGAAAAUUACCCCCCCCUCGAAAAUUUGUGAUUUCACAUUAAAUGAUACUUUGCAAAUGAAUAUAUUCAAUGAUUCUGCCUGUAGUGAAAGUGGUGCUUCUUUGUCACUUUGUAAGUUAUUGUAAAGAAGAGCAUGUGAAUAUUGUUAAAUACAUGUAAAGAUAUGCAUUUUACAUAAUAAAUAUAAACUACAUGUAUCAAAAUAGUCUUUGAUAGGAUAGCUUUAAUUAACAAUACAUUCUGAGAAAAAAUUAGCUAGGAUAGGAGAAAUAUUCACAAAGUACAUACACAUGUAAUUAUAUAUUUGUACAUAUACAUGUAUUUUACAAGGGUUGUGGGUUCUUGUAAAAUAUUUAGACAAAACCAGUCUAGAAAUUAUGAGAAAACAUAAUAAAUUUUGAUUUUAUAAUGAUAAGAGAUAAAAAGAGCAAUGAAAAAAUUUCAAAAUAUUGAUAUUGGGCAUUUACCCAUUUUCUCAUAAACAUAGCUGGUAUGAGAGCAUUUUAGAGAAUACCAUCGCAUGCAUAUCAUCUCAAGUUGUCCUUCUUUUCAUAUAAACAUAAUAUACUAGUAUACAUGUAUAUAUAUUUGUAUUUUAUAGUCCCAUUACAUGUAGUCCAUUUUACUCUUUUUACAAUUAUUAGCUUCCUCCUAGUCAUUACAAUAUUUCCUAAAUAUCUAGUCCUCUUCAGAAUGCAAUGGGUAUACAUAUACAUUUAAAAUAAAUUACCCGGUACAGAAAUCUGGUAAACCCAGAUUCAAUGCUUCUUGUUAGAUUUGGUUCCAAAAGUAUUUUAUCAAUAUGUACUACAUGUUGUAUUUCUUAUUUUUUAAAUGUGAAUGGUUAAAUGGCUUGGGUAUUCAAUACAAGAGUAAGAAUUUUUUAGCUCACCUCAAUUGUGUCGGGGGAGGGAGGGGUGCUUAUGUGAUACCCUUAGUGUCCCAGGUUAACUCUUUUAGUGCAGUUUUCUUAUUAAGUACUUCUAUGCCCUUGGGUUUUACAUUACUAGAUUAUUAUUUUGAAUGUGGGACUUUGCCUUACUUGAAGACAGAUUUUGUUGAGGUGAGCUCUGUAAUUUCUACCAUACAUGUAUAUAUUUCUCAGUUCACAUUUAGUAAAGGAUUAGAAAUAUGCUAAUAAUAAAUAUG